AGAUCAGUAUUCUUUCGAGCAAUGGCAUCAGAAUUUCAUCAUAGUUCGUCCUCAUCAUUGACGGAAUCAAAUUCUGUUGUGGAUAAUGAACAAUAUGCAAGUUGUUCUAAUUCAAAUGUGGCUGUUACUCCUGAAGUAAUUCCUAUAUUAAGUCCAGGGGGAACGAGAGAAUGGAUUCCAUGUUGUUCUGAUGAGUUAAAACCUGUUGUAGGGAUGAAAUUUAUGAGUGUCGAAGAGGGUAUUUCAUUUUAUAAAGCAUAUUCAAAAGCUGCUGGUUUUGUGAUGAGGAAAUCUACUGCUACAAAAAGGAAGGCACUAGACGUUAUUGCUUUUCAGUAUUGUUUAUGCAACAAGGCUGGUUUCAAAGAAAAAGCAAUAGUUAAGGUUGGAGGCAUGCCAAAUGUUAAAAAAGGGGAAGGUAAUGAAGAUAAAGUACCUAUACCUCGAAGAAGGCUAGUUACUCGUGUUGGUUGCAAGGCUCGGAUGGUUAUGAAGUAUAAAAAUGAAGGUUUUUAUGUGGUGACUGAAUUCCGAGAGCCACAUGUUCAUGCUCUUUACACCCCGGGUUGUCUAAAAUUUUAG